AGUAACAAACUAGCCGUUGCUAAGGGCCCCACUAAUGGAAAAGUUACCAGAAGUUGGACGGAGGUACCAAAACCUAUAAUUUUAAAAUUUGAUGGUUAUGAAAGUAAAUAAAAUUUUAAAAGGAUAUCAAAAGUCAACGAGUUCCAUUUUUGAAGUAUAAAAGUCAAAAUUUUCUUUUUUUUUUUCUUUUUCUUUAAACACUAAAAACAAGAAAUCAAAAAUCCAUUAUACUCUACUAUUCCUUGUUAUACUCUACUCCUAAAUUUCCUUCUACCAAAAACCGCAAUUGACUCUUCUAAGAGCAUUUGAGGAAGAAACACAGGUUAAAUUGAUGUCGAUUCUCAACAUUCUUGGUAUCUUUCUCUUCUUUUCCUCAACUUUCACCUAUGGAAACGGAGUUGAUCAAAAGGAGUUGACUGUUGGGAAGGAGUUGUUUAAGGAAAGUUUACCAUUUCAGAUGGGAUCGCGCUAUUAUUUGCUUCAAGGGUUAAAACCUGAUACUUGGUAUGAAGUGAAGAUCUCAUAUCCAGCUACUACACCGGCUAUAUUUUCAUUACAGUUGAAGAGAGGUGUUUCUGAUGUUGGAAUGAACAGGCUAAGGAAAUUGCUCAACACUGAAAAACUGAUUUUCAAGGCGGAGGACCUUGAUGAGAUCAAUCGUCAGGGCGGAUUGUAUGUUCUGAUAACUGUGGAGCCUGAGGGAUUUGUAGCAAUACCUGGUGUUCAGGAAAGGGAGAACAUCUUGUUCAAUAUAGUUUGUGAUGAGCUGAUGUUGGGCAUCCCCCAUAAAGCUUGGCUGGUUGCAACAUUCGCAUUGCUAUGUGUAGUGGUGGGUUUUUCUUUGCCUCGAUUUCUUCCACCUUUUCUUCUGCCAAGGGAUAAAGAUCUCAAAAGAACUGGGCAGUUGGUCACAGAAAAGGACUCCUAGCCCUACCUUAACUUCUACUCCGUAGCUGAUAAAGAACAAAUGAAUGCUUUGGAUUGACAGAAGCAGGAAACUAGGCAAUUGUAAUGGCAGUCCACAUGGAGCUGAGAAAGGAUGUUCAGAUCACAAAGGUGGGCUAAAUUGUUCAAAUCGGAAACGAAGCUACGGAUUAUUUACUCGCCGCCUCGCCAGGAGGUUUUUCUCGUUUAGCUUCUUUCCACAAGAUGUUACCUUUGCUGUUAAACCAUUUCUAGUUCACAGAAUCACAGUUGAUGGUGAUAAGAUCGGUUAAAUUUCAAAACCAUAAUUUAUUGUCGCUGUUGAAAUGAUGCACCCUCUAACUUCCUUUCACUGUUACAUUAUUUUGUUCAUCUGAAAAUGAUUAGCGAAGCAGUUCUGUUCUCUUAUUAAA